AUGGGUGGACUUGGUAAGACCACACUCGCCCAACAUGUGUACAAUGACCCAAAGAUCGACGAUGCAAAAUUUGAUAUCAAGGCCUGGGUAUGUGUUUCAGAUCAUUUUGAUGUUUUGACAGUGACAAAAACAAUUCUUGAGUCAAUCGCUGAUAAAAAAGAUGAUAGUGGGAACUUAAACAUGGUUCACAAAAAUCUGAAAGAAAAAUUGUCAGGGAAGAAAUUUCUUCUUGUUUUGGAUGAUGUUUGGAACGAAAAACGAGAAGAAUGGGAGGUUGUGCAAACUCCUCUUAACUACGGGGCUCCAGGAAGUAGAAUUCUUGUCACAACACGUGCUGAGAAAGUUGCUUCUAACAUGAGAUCUAAAGUGCAUCACCUAAAGCAAUUAGAAAAGGAUGAAUGCUGGAAAGUUUUUAAAAAGCAUGCACUAAAAGAUGAUGAUCUUGAAUUGAAUGAUGAGAAAAAGAAGAUUGGUAAAAGUAUAGUUGAGAAAUGCAAAGGAUUACCUCUUGCUUUGAAAACAAUUGGAUGCCUUCUCUACACAAAAGCAUCCAUUUCAUAUUGGAAAAGCGUAGUGGAAAGUGACAUAUGGAACUUACCAAAGGAACUUGGAAUUAUCCCUGCUCUGCUUUUGAGUUAUCAGCACCUUCCUUCUCACCUUAAGAGGUGUUUUGCUUAUUGUGCAUUAUUUCCCAAAGAUUAUGAAUUUGAUAAGAAGGAGUUAAUUUUGUUAUGGAUGGCUGAAGAUUUUCUCCGUCACUCUCAACAUAUCGAGAAUGUAGAAGAAGUUGGUGAACAAUAUUUCGAUGAUCUAUUAACAAGGUCUUUUUUUCUUCAGUCGAGUAUUAAAAUGCGAUUUGUCAUGCAUGACCUUUUGAAUGAUUUGGCAAAAUAUGUUGGUGGAAACUUUUGUUUCAUGUUCAAAUUUGAUAAAGGAGUCCGUAUACCCAAAACAACCCGUCAUUUUUCAUUUUCAAUUGAUAAUGAAGUAUAUGAUGAUGGUAUGGGGAGUUUAAUUGAUGCUAAAAGACUGCGUUCAUUUAUUCCAAUGACAAAUAAUAUUGACGGUCUUCCUUGUGAAUUGAUUCUGAUUGAUGAAUUGUUCUCCAAGUUCAAGUUUUUGCGCGUCUUAUCAUUGAGUGGAUUUGGUGAUCUUAUUACAGAGGUUCCUGAUUCUGUCGGUGCUCUUAAACAUCUUCGUUCGUUAGACCUUUCAUAUACUAAUAUACAAAAGCUACCCGACUCAAUAUGUUUGCUCUUUAACUUACUACUAUUGAAGUUGAACCGUUGUUUAUAUCUGGAGGAGUUGCCCUCAAAUAUACAUAAACUUACCAAAUUACAUUGUCUGGAAUUUGAACAUACAAAGGUGACAAAGAUGCCGAUGCAUUUUGGAGAAUUGAAGAAUCUUCAUUUACUGGAUGCGUUUCGUGUCCAUAGUGAGUCCAGUAUUAAGCAGUUGGGAGGACUCAAUCUUCAUGGGAGCCUAUCAAUUUAUCAAGUGCAAAAUAUUGUUAAUCCUUUGGAUGCACUAGAGGCAAAUUUGAAAGAUAAACAGCUUGUGGAGUUAGGGUUAAUAUGGAAUUCAAAUCAUGUCCCUAAUGAUGCAAGGGAAGAAAAAGAAGUGCUUGAGAAUCUCCAACCUUCCAUUCACUUGGAGCAUUUGUCAAUCUGGAGUUAUCACGGUAUAGAAUUUCCAAGUUGGUUAUUUGAUAAUUCAUUAUCUAAUUUGGUGUUCUUAAGACUGAAUAACUGUAAAAAUUGUCUAUGUUUGCCUUCCCUUGGAGAAUUGUCAUGUCUGAAGAACCUCGAGAUUGAAGGGCUUGAUGGAAUAGUGAGCAUUGGUGUUAGUGAUGGAUUUUAUGGGAGCAACUCUUCUUCCUUUGCGUCCAAGGAAAGACUAAGCUUCAGGAACAUGAAGGAAUGGGAAGAAUGGGAAUGUAAAACUACUUCUUUUCCACGUCUUCAAUAUCUUUUUGUGGAUCAAUGUUGUAAACUGAAAGGUCUGCCAGAGCAACUUAUUCAUUUAAAGAAUAUAUUUAUUGGUGGCUGUGAUAAGCUCACAAUUAGCGUAAACAACAUGGACACAUGGUCGCUUCAGUUCUUGAAUAUUAAUUCAUGUCCACGUGUAAAUAUUCCUAUUACUGCUUUCAAUUCCCUUGAAGUAAUGAGGAUUACUCAUGGCUGCCCCUCUCUUAUAAUCUUUCCGCUAGAUUUCUUUCCAAAGCUCCGUACACUUCUACUGUUCCACUGUCAAAACCUACAAAGAAUUUCACAGGAAGAGACUCAUAAUCAUCUCAAGGAACUACAAAUUUUAUGUUGCCCUCAAUUUGAGUCAUUUCCCAGUGAAGGAUUAUCUGCACGGUGGCUACAAAAAAUCGAAAUUAAAGCAGCGCCAAAUUUGAAAUUGUUGCCAAAACGUAUGCACACCCUACUUCCAUCUCUUAGUAGUCUGGAGAUAACUUAUUGUCCACAAGUGGAGAUGUUUGAAGAAGGAAGUUUGCCAUCAAAUUUAAAAGAGGUGUCUCUUUCAAGUUUCAGACUUAUAACCUCCCUGAGAGAGGCUUUGGAUGCCGAGCCUUGUCUUGAAAGGUUGUAUGUUGAAAAUGUGGAUACGGAGUAUUUUCCCGAUGAAGGUUUGUUGCCACCCUCUCUUACCUUUCUAAGAAUCUUUAAUUGCCCAAAUCUCAAAAAGUUGGACUACAAGGGUCUCUCUCACCUCUCCUCUCUCAUAAUUAUUCGAUGA